AGCGCGGUGCAUUGUGGGCUGACUUCCGCGGUGCACUGUGGGAAGGGGCUUGUCGCUACGGUGUUAUUGUGAGAGCUCUGCUUGUCGCUAUAGUUCAAGGCCUCGGACAGGAUGCCGGAACGAGAUAGCGAGCCGUUCUCCAACCCCUUGGCACCAGAUGGCCAUGAUGUUGAUGAUGCUCACUCCUUCCACCAAUCAAAGCUUACCAAUGAAGACUUUAGGAAGCUUCUCAUGACCCCAAGGGCUACACCCACUUCUGCACCACCCUCAAAAUCCCGUCACCAUGAGAUGCCCAGGGAGUACAAUGAAGAUGAAGACCCAGCUGCACGGAGGAGAAAAAAGAAAAGUUAUUAUGCCAAGCUACGCCAACAAGAAAUUGAGAGAGAAAGAGAGCUAGCAGAGAAAUACCGGGACCGUGCUAAAGAGCGGAGAGAUGGUGUGAACAAAGAUUAUGAGGAAACUGAGCUGAUAAGCACCACAGCUAACUACAGGGCUGUGGGCCCUACUGCUGAGGCGGAUAAAUCAGCUGCCGAGAAAAGAAGACAGUUGAUCCAGGAGUCCAAAUUCUUGGGUGGUGACAUGGAACACACCCAUUUGGUGAAAGGCUUGGAUUUUGCUCUGCUGCAGAAGGUACGAGCUGAGAUUGCCAGCAAAGAGAAAGAAGAAGAAGAACUGAUGGAAAAGCCCCAGAAGGAAACAAAGAAAGAUGAGGACCCUGAAAACAAAAUUGAAUUUAAAACACGUCUGGGCCGCAAUGUUUACCGCAUGCUUUUCAAAAGCAAAGCAUACGAGCGGAAUGAGCUCUUCUUGCCGGGCCGCAUGGCCUACGUGGUGGACCUGGAUGAUGAGUAUGCAGACACGGAUAUCCCUACCACUCUGAUUCGCAGCAAGGCCGACUGCCCCACCAUGGAGGCCCAGACCACGUUGACUACAAAUGACAUUGUCAUUAGCAAGCUCACCCAGAUCCUCUCAUAUCUGCGGCAGGGGACCCGCAACAAGAAGCUCAAGAAGAAGGAUAAAGGGAAGCUGGAAGAGAAGAAACCUCCUGAGGCUGACAUGAACAUUUUUGAAGACAUUGGGGAUUAUGUCCCCUCCACCACCAAGACACCUCGGGACAAGGAACGGGAGAGAUACCGGGAACGGGAGCGUGAUCGGGAGAGAGACAGAGAUCGUGACCGUGACCGAGAGCGUGAACGAGAACGUGAUCGGGAGCGGGAACGGGAGCGGGACCGAGAGAGGGAGGAGGAGAAGAAGAGACACAGUUACUUUGAGAAACCAAAAGUAGACGAUGAGCCCAUGGAUGUCGACAAAGGGCCUGGCUCUGCCAAGGAGCUCAUUAAGUCCAUCAACGAAAAAUUUGCUGGGUCUACUGGUUGGGAAGGCACUGAAUCAUUAAAGAAGCCAGAAGACAAAAAGCAGCUGGGAGAUUUCUUCGGCAUGUCCAACAGUUACGCGGAGUGUUACCCAGCCACAAUGGAUGACAUGGCCGUGGACAGUGAUGAAGAGGUGGAUUAUAGCAAAAUGGACCAGGGUAACAAAAAGGGCCCCCUGGGCCGCUGGGACUUUGAUACCCAAGAGGAAUACAGCGAGUAUAUGAACAACAAGGAGGCUCUGCCCAAGGCUGCAUUCCAAUAUGGAAUCAAGAUGUCUGAAGGGCGGAAAACCAGGCGCUUCAAGGAAACCAAUGACAAGGCAGAGCUUGAUCGCCAGUGGAAGAAGAUAAGUGCGAUCAUUGAGAAGAGAAAGAGGAUGGAAGCAGACGGAGUUGAAGUCAAAAGACCGAAGUACUGAUCUUCAGUUCCAACUAGGGAAUCUCUCUACAGUGCUGUGCUCCCCACUGUUUGCUUCCUACAAUUCCCAGAAAGGUUGUUAGGUGUUCUGGUAAAUGUAUAUAAAAUUUUUAUUGUGUAAUCAUUGGUUCCAUUAAAAUUGUUGAACCCA